AUGAUGAUGUGGAACGAUCGAUUGAAAGAUUCUUCCUUCAUAUUACACCGCAUUAAUUUUGGUGAUCAAAUAACUGAAGCUGAAUAUGUUUAUGAUGAAAUUCUCGGCAAAGGCAAAGUAAAUCAAAAACGUGUACACGUCAGACGAGAAGUUUUCGAGCAAAUCGCUGCUACGAUUAAGAAAGAAACACUGCCAUUUGAAGAUUUCAUCAAAGUAGUUCGACCAUUUCUAAUGGUAGAAAGUGCACUUGCAGACAUACCUGAAGCAUUUAGUUUGCUUGAUACAGACAAGUCAAAUUCAAUUAAUAUUAACGAAUUGGCUGUGUUUAUGCCUGCUAUUGUACCUAAUUCUAAUCAAUAUUUGCUUCUUCGUUACUUUCAACCGGCUGAUACAAACAAUGAUUAUAUGCUCAGCUUGGAAGAAUUUACAGAAUUUAUUAAGAAAGGUGUUGUACGAGAUCUUGCACUUGGUCGCAUUACAAACUAA